CCCUUACUCCAAUACAUCCUCCUUUAAAUCCCCUCCCUCCCAACGUCUCAUUUUGCAAAGCACGCAACAAAAAAACCCAAUGGCGGCUUCAAAAAAAUUACUGAUCUUCACGUUCAUAACAUUUUCCCUGGCCUUUGCAGGCGCAGAGUCGAUAGGCAUAUGCUACGGCCGGGUGGCGGACAACUUACCGCCGCCAGAAAUAGUGGCGGCGCUCCUCACCGCAAACAACAUACUCAAACUCCGCAUGUUCGACUCCGACGGCGCCGCCCUAGCCGCCUUCGCCAAUAGCCCUAUCGAAAUCAUAACCGCCGUCCCGAACGACGGGCUGCCCGUCCUCGCCGCCGACCCGGGCGCCGCCGUCCAAUGGCUGGCCGCCUACGUAGUCCCGUUCUACCCGGCCACCCGCAUCAAAUACAUCGCCGUCGGCAACGAAAUAUUUCUGGGCAGCCCGGACUACGCCGCCUUUCUCGUACCCGCCAUGCAAAACCUCCAUGCGGCGCUCCAAGCCGCCGGGCUGAGCGACGCCAUUAAAAUAUCUUCCCCUCACGCCGCCUCCAUUCUCGCCAAUUCUUUUCCUCCUUCGCAGGGCGCCUUUGAUCCUGCUCGCCUCGAAACCCUAAAACCUUUUCUCGACUUUUUGUCCCAGACUGGUGCUCCCUUCAUGGCUAAUAUUUACCCCUUUUUCAGCUAUCUGAACAAUCCGGCCAGUAUUCCCCUGCAGUACGCGCUUUUCACGUCGCCGGCUUUAUUUGUCGACGGUGACUUGGCGUACAGCAAUCUUUUCGACGCUACAGUCGAUUCUCUGAUUUCUGCCAUGGAACGCCUGGGGCACCCUGACAUACGCGUGGCGGUCACCGAGACCGGUUGGCCAUGGGCAGGGGGGAAUAAUGAGGCUGAGAAUGUGGGCAACGCUAUGACUUAUAAUGGGAACCUGGUUAAACAUGUUUUGUCUAAUGUGGGUACUCCCAAGAGGCCUGGAGUGGGUGUGGAGACUUACUUGUUUGAUCUUUUCAAUGAGGAUCAGAAGACUGGUCAGGAUUUUGAGAGAGAUUUUGGGCUCUUUUAUCCGUCUGGUCAGAAAGUUUAUGAUGUUAGUUUUUCCCUUUGAAGCUCGGGAAAGUGUAUUCUGGGUCUCUUGCAGGUUGUCGACAGUUGAAUUGUGUUAAUGUUUUUAGGGUGGGUUUGUAGAAUUAGAGAUAUCAAGGCCAUUGCAAAAUCAGGCCACUGUAUUUCAUAGAUGUACGUUUCAUUAUUUGGGUUCCUCGCAAAAAGCUGUGCGAGGCGUUUUCGUACCUUCAGACCGCUUUUGGGUCUUGUUAAAGCAUUUUCUUUGGGUUGUGUUUACAUUCGCAAAUGUCUGUCGACAUUUAAUUACUAAAACUGUUGAGUUCGCUCUGAAUAAAUGAAUGAAUGGCUUUUAA